AUUUUCCCUCCCCGCCUUUCCAGCUGGAAGUCUUGAAAUCCUGUUUCACUGAAGAAAAAAUUCGCUCGCCUUGCGCUGGGGCAAGGAAGAUGGAGGGGGAGGGAGAAAUGGAGAGCGUGACAAAGAAGCGGUGCGUUAAGAUAGGUUACCUCACGUUUUGGGGCUUUGGGAUCUCUCUCGCCUGUGGUGGUGAGUUACUCGCUGAUGGUCUCGGGGUCUCCCGUUGCGUUGCUGCUGAGCUUAUUUAGUUCUUGGAUCCCAUAGAAAAUGGUAACGCUAGGGAUGAAUAUAGAAUUGAUAGCACAACGCAAUCUGGCAAUCACACACCUGAAAAAAUGGCCACUCGGACCCUUGUUCGCUUGUUGUCUCGUUUGUGAUUGAAUCCGUUUAGGUCUGGUGUGUCGGGUGCGUGCGUAUGCUCUCCAGAAGCCAAGCUGCUGUGGUACGUACUCGAGUACCGUAUUGAUUGAUACCCUAUAUCUUGGAAGAAGCCCCCCCCGCCCCUUCGACUUUUUUGAAACGGCUUCCUUCGCUCUUCCUUCUCCUCCUCCCUUAGUCUUCCCUCUCUCUACCCAUUAAAUUUUUAUCACUCCUCAUCUCACCUUUAUCGCCUGACCUACUACUAUCCUCUUUCACUCGAUAAUGAGUAGCUUAACAAGCAUCUUCUCCUUCAAGGGAGUUCAAAUCAUCAAACCAUCUCAUCCAAACCAGGUCACCGGGACUCUCACCCUUUCGCGCGAGCGUCAGUUUGCACAGCCUGCCGUUGGAAUUCCUGAGGAUGAGUUUUUGCGCAUCAAAUUCGUCUCCUCUUCCGGAACAACGGAGCUCGAUACCCGCCUUUACGGUGAACAGAGAGCCGAGAGACUCGACCCUUCUACCUUUACCAUCGAGCUUCGAGCCCCGGAGGAGGGUGCACUGCUCGUCAUUUUCCCACCGCCGGAUCAGAUUGUUCCUCGAGAGUACCUAGAGUUCGGUGCUGAAGGCGUUGACCUCCAGGUGACCUGGGCCCAGGUAGCUGACAGCUUCGCCGCUACCAUAAACCAGUGGAUCGCGUUUAGCGAUGGGGAAACCCCCCUCCCCGCCUAUCAACCCAGCUCUUACGCGAACGGGAAGGGUACAGGGUAUGGAGGUAGUAGCGCUAGCGCGGCUCCUGCCCCGUAUGACCCAAGCAUUUAUCGGGACGAGAAAUCGCAGGGCAGAUUGGUCUUGAUUGACGAGGAGAAUGGGCACGAAGUUGGUGAGGUUGGCGGUUAUCAGGUUCAUGCCAUAGGAGUACAACCCGGAAGUAAAGAACCCGUUGAGGUCUCACUUCCAGAAGACGGUUCAGGCCGGGUCACCAUCCGCCCUGCAGAUUACUUGAAGGACGCUCUCGACCCUGCUUAUAAGAACUCGUCAAUCGUCGGAACUGCCGCAACUGCAUCCCGGCUGAUCGUCACUACAAGUUCGUAUAUCGCAAACGCUAUCCAAUCGGGGGCAGAUUCUUUCACCAAAAAGACAAAGCCUAACGCAACGCCCCUAACGUUCAACCCUAGCACCCACAACCGUGUGCGUCAACUUCAUACAUUUUCCUCGAGCGCUGCCAAGUUGUCCGCGCAGGCCGUUGGUCAGGUGUCCAAGCAUGCGCAGAAUUUCGGCGCUCGAAUUUCCGGUCGCUCUGAGAAGGGGAGGCCAGCAAAUCCAGGGCUAUUGAACAAGUCAUUGGUGGCUUUUUCGACAAUCGCUGACGGUAUUGACUAUGCGUCAAAAUCUCUGUUGGCCUCGGGCUCUAUUGCAGCCACAACUAUGGUUGGGCAUAAAUAUGGCCAAGAAGCCAGAGAAGUUGCGUACGGGCUUACUGGCUCGGUAAAGAACGUUGGUCUGGUAUACGUGGAUGCGUCUGGCGUAUCCCGAAGAGCCAUCGUGAAAGGUGUUGCAAAGGGUAUGGUGGUUGGGAAGGUUCGCGGUGGAGGAGAUAUUGUUGUUCCGGGCCACACUGAGACUAUCGAUGGCAUCCCAAAGGGCUGGGGCGACGGUCCCCUCGGCGGGCCUCACGCCGGGCCUCCAUCGCGGAACCCAUCUAUUCACACGCCCGGGAACCGUUCGCCCCCAGUGCCGCCGCCAUAUCUCAGCGCUAGUAGCACCACCCCCAGCCAAAGAGGCGACAAUCUCUACUUUCCCCCACCACCAGGAAGCGGUGGCAUAUCUCCCCAAGUCACGGGCUCUAGUUAUCGAUCGCCUAGUCCCUGGGAUGGCUCAGCGAUGCGCUCCGCAAGUCCAAGACCCUUUGACGAGAAGGCCAUCUCCAACAACAACAUGCAAGGCGGGUACAGAUACUAGAUAUCGGGUGCGUGCGCAGCUGGGACUGAAGUACAAUAGUGGCCCAAGUGCCUUUUUCUUCCUUUUCUUCUCUGUCUUUCUAUUUAGCUUUCCCUAGUGUUUCCAUUUUCUACCUCUUACCUUUUGGUAUGUUGGUUAUCAUAAACUACUUUCGGACUAUUUUAGUUUGGGGGGCUUGAAUCGUAAAUGAGCUGGUGGCUGAUAUAGAUUUUUUUUUCUUUUUUUUUCUUCUAACGACUACCGUAAUAAUGAUUUCCUUGGUUUUGGGAUCAUUAGGAUUCGAGAAGCUAGUGAGGGGUGUACCGUAGCGUGUUUCACCUAGUAAACAAUUACCCUUACUAAAGAGCAA